UUGUCAUUUGCGAUUACUUUUUUCUCCAGAUUUUUGACUCUUUCUAUGUUUUAAUUCAGUUGGAUUUGUGACUUGUUGGUUGGAUGUUGUUUUCUCAUGUUUGAAUGUUUGUUGUUCGUGGUGUUCUGUGUUUAGAGUUUUUAUCCUUUCUAUUGUUUUGAUGUGUUGUGAUUUCUUGUCACAAGUUCUUUCUUUUGUUUCUGUUUCUUUUGAAAAGAUGAGAUCUUUCUGAAUGUUUUGGCUGCAGCCAGCAGGUGCAUUCUUGAAUUCCGGACUUUGUACCUCUUAAUAGUAUUGAACAAAGGCUCGCAGUUUGCCUUUGCUUAGUUUCAGAAAAUUGAAUGUGUAAGCUCAGCACAACGCUGUUGUAGAGAUGAGCAAUGAGGAUAGUGAAAAGCUUAUUGAGAAGAUUCUUCCGAAUGGAGACAUCUAUGUUGGAAAUUUUGAGGGAUUGCUCCCUCAGGGUAUGGGGAAAUAUUCAUGGGUAGAUGGUGCAUGCUAUCAGGGUGAAUGGGAGAAGGGAAAAAUGACAGGACGAGGAAAAAUUUGCUGGCCUUCUGGGGCAACAUAUGAAGGUGACUUCCGUGGAGGCUUCCUUCAUGGUUCUGGAACAUUUUCUGGAGUCGACGGUUCUGUUUACACAGGUUCUUGGAGGAUGAACAUGCAACAUGGGAUGGGAUGUAAAAGCUAUUCUAAUUCAGAUUUCUAUGAAGGUUUUUGGAGGGAAGGACUGCAAGAAGGUAUAGGCAGGUAUACAUGGAGUAAUGGAAAUACUUAUAUUGGAAACUGGAAAGCUGGAAAAAUGAGUGGUAGAGGACUUAUGAAGUGGGCAAAUGAUGAUUUAUAUGACGGUCUCUGGCUAGAUGGAUUACAACAUGGAUCUGGUUAUUAUAAAUUUGCUGAUGGGGCAUAUUAUUUUGGUACUUGGAGUAAGGGGCUAAAGGAUGGUUGGGGCACAUUUUAUCCAUGUGGAAGCAAACUUUCUUAUCAACAUAAGCGUCUUGAAUCUUUUAGGUAUAAUCAAAAGGCACUAAGUUUUUGUGCUGGUACAUCAAUGAAUCCUGAGGGUCAUAGGAGUAGAACAUUUAGACUAAAAAAGAGCAGAUGUGGUAGAUGGAACAUAAGCAGAUUCUUUAGGAGUUCAGGACGCAUUUCACACACAACUACGUCAUUUGAUGGUGUAUGGAAUGUUGGUGAUUCACGCAGAAGCUUUCAGUCACUGGAUGGCUCAUUGACUCCAUCAAGUCCUGAUGAAGAUGAUCAUGAGCUUCAAGAUGACAAUGUUAUGGCUUCUGAAAGAGAAUACAUGCAGGGAGUCUUAAUAAGGGAGAGAAGUCUAACGCCUGACUCUAGGAUGUCCCACAAAAAUAAGUGGCGACAUAGGAUCAGAAUAAAGCAAAAGGGACCUGGGGAAAGAAUUUAUAAAGGUCAUAAGAGCUACUAUUUGAUGCUGGACUUGCAACUGGGAAUAAGGUACACGGUGGGGAAAAUCACUCCUGUGCCUAUGCGUGAGGUUCGUUCCUCAGAUUUUGGACCUCGGGCUAGAAUACGUAUGUAUUUUCCAAGAAAGGGUUCCCGUUUCACCCCUCCUCAUUAUUCUACUGAUUUCUUUUGGAAGGACUAUUGUCCGAUGGUGUUUAGGAAUCUACGUGAAAUGUUUAAGAUAGACGCUGCAGAUUACAUGAUGUCCAUUUGUGGAGGAGAGGGUCUAAAAGAGCUUUCUUCUCCUGGGAAAAGUGGCAGCAUAUUCUAUCUCUCACAAGAUGAAAGAUUUGUAAUAAAGACUCUUAGGAGAUAUGAACUUAAGAGUUUAUUGAAGAUGCUACCUAAGUAUUAUAAUCACGUGGGUAACCACGAGAAUACCCUCAUAACCAAAUUUUUUGGCCUGCAUCGGAUUACGAUAAGGUCUGGGAGGAAGAUACGAUUUGUCGUGAUGGGAAAUAUGUUCUGCACAGAAUUGCGCAUUCACCGCCGGUAUGACUUGAAAGGGUCAACUCAAGGACGAUCAACUAGCAAGCACAACAUUACUGAGAAUACAACUCUAAAAGACCUUGAUUUGUCAUAUGUUUUCUACCUGGAAAAAUCAUGGAGGGAGGCACUUUUUAGACAAAUAUCACUGGACUGCAUGUUUCUAGAAUCACAAUGCAUCAUUGAUUAUAGCAUGCUCUUGGGCUUACAUUUUAGAGCUCCUGAACAUUUAAAAUCUCUCUUAGAACCUCAACAUGCGCAGCACGGUGCAAGUUCAUCAGCCGGUGAUUAUGUUGAUACACCCACACAAGGGGAGAUGAUAAUUCCACCGAAAGGUUUGCUCUUGGUUACCCAUGAGCCAGGUUCUGUGAGUAACAUGCCAGGUUCACAUAUUAGAGGCGGUACACUGAGAGCGUCAGCGGCUGGUGAUGAGGAAGUUGAUCUUCUUUUACCCGGCACAGGGAGGUUGCGAGUGCAGUUAGGAGUGAACAUGCCAGCUCAGGCCAAUAGAAAACUUCUUCACGAUGAAGGCCCAGAUUUGGCAGAGAUCGAUCUCUUCGAAGUUUAUGAUGUAGUCCUUUAUCUCGGCAUCAUUGACAUAUUGCAGGAAUACAAUUUGACCAAGAAAAUUGAACAUGCAUGCAAAUCUCUCAGAUACCACCCCAUGUCAAUUUCAGCUGUCGAUCCGCAGACGUACUCAAAAAGAUUCAUCAGUUUCCUGGAGAAAGUUUUCCCUGAACAAGUUUGAGGUGGGAAAGCUUAUUCUCGUAUUACUUAUCGAUUCAUACUUGUUUCUUGUAAAGCAGUAAAUCAAUUGUUGUAUCUGUUCUAUUAUUACCCAGUGAGAUUACAAAUAUCUUCGAUAUUUCACUGCCUUUGUGUUAAUACUAAAUGAUCAUGGUGAGCCCAUAUGAUUAUUUUUGUCGAAAAACUGUGCUUGUUACAUUAAAUUUGUUCAAAAGCAAACAAUCUAUUUACCAUUUCA